AUGAAAAAUGGAAAGUAUGUGCUGGGGUACAAGCAGACUCUGAUCAGACAAGGCAAACCAAAACUGGUCAUCCUCACCAACAACUGCCCAGCUUUGAGGAAAUCUGAAAUAGAGUACUACGCCAUGUUGGCCAAAACUGGUGUCCAUCACUACAGUGGCAAUCAUAUUGAAUUGGGUAAAGCAUGCGGAAAAUACUACAGAGUAUGCACACUGGCUACCAUUGAUUCAGCUGAUUCUGAUAUCAUUCAUUAG